AUGAGUGCGCCGGGCGACGAGAGCUCGAAACCUGCGCGGCCCAACCAAUCCCACCAAUCCCAUCAACACGACGGCGAGCGCGAGCGCAAGGAGUAUCACCCACAGCCACCUGCUCGCAGGAGCGAGUGGGUCAUGUGGGUUGGUAACGUGCCGAGCAAUGUCUCUCACGAAGAGCUGUGGCGCUUUUUUAACACCACGACUCCUCCGUCCGCGCUGAGCAAUCCCUCCGAGCCUUGGCGUGGACCGUCGUCCAUAUUCUUGAUCUCGAGGUCGUCAUGCGCCUUUGUCAACUUCUCAUCCCAGGCCGAUCUCGAUCGGGCCGUGCCAUUUUUCCAUGGUCUCUCACUCCGUCCCUGGGACCCGCGGUGUCCUCGAAUGGUCUGUCGCGUGCGCCACAAGGAUGAUGACCUGCGUGCUGGCGUCGGCGCUCAGCGUGGUGUCGGGAUGCACAGGGCGUGGGUGGAGCAGCAAAAGCAAGCUGAGAAGAAUUUGUCGCCCAAGGCGCCAAAUCUGGAGCUGCCCGACCAUCCUCACAGCCAGUCGUCGUCGUCCAACCACAAAAGCUCGGCGAGCUUUGCCAGCACGAACUCGAGCUUCUUGGUUCACCACUUCCCCAAGCGCUACUUCAUUCUCAAGAGCUUGACGAUCUCCGACUUGGAAGAGGCUGUUAAAACCUGCCAGUGGAAGACACAACGUCAUAACCAGCCCAUUCUUGACCAAGCCUUCCGGACGUCCCAGGAAGUGUACCUCAUCUUCGGGGCGAAUCGCUCGGGCGAGUUCUUUGGUUACGCCAAGAUGCCUGACGAUGGCGGUGCGGAUGGCCUUGCCGCCCCUUUCCAGCUGCAGUGGGUCAAGAUCGCCCCUCUCAGCUUCUUCCGCACACGCCACCUUCGGAAUCCUUGGAACGGUGACCGCGAGGUCAAGGUGUCUCGCGACGGCACCGAGGUCGAGCCCAGUGAGUCAUGA